AUGUUUCGUUCCAUGCGGCCAGUCGCGCGGCGUCUGCUGCGGCGCGCGUCAUCUACAGGGAGAGCCGCGCCUCCGGGAGGAGGCGGGGGCGCGCGGACGGGGCAGCAGGGCCCGAUCUCGUGGCGGGCGCUGGCGGUGUUCGGCGUGGCCGGCACGGCGGGGCUGGGCUACUACAGCGUGAAGAAGCAGGCGCGGAUGGAAGGUAAGCGGGACAUCAUGCGGCCGCAGACGGUGGGCAAGGCGGCGAUCGGGGGCGCGUUCUCGCUGGUGGACGGCAGCAGCGGGGCGGCGGUCGACGAGACGUUCCUGCUCGGGCGGUGGACGCUGGUGUACUUCGGCUUCACGAUGUGCCCGGACGUGUGUCCCGCCGAGCUGACCAAGGUGGGCGAGGCGCUGACGAUGCUGGAGGGGCGCGGGCGGCGCGUGCGGCGGGACGGGAAGGGCGGCAGCGUAGUGACGCCCGUGUUUAUCUCGGUGGACCCCGCGCGCGACUCGCCGGAGCGCGCCGCGGAGUACGCGGCCGGGUUUCACAAGGCUUUCGUCGGGCUUAGCGGGUCGGACGAGCAGGUCAGGCAGGCGGCGAAGGCGUAUCGGGUGUACUAUAGUCGCGACGGCGGGGAGGGCGACGAGUAUCUGGUGGACCAUUCGAUUAUCACGUACCUGAUGGACCCCGGCGGGGAGUUUCGCGAGUUCUACGGGACGAAUAGCUCUGCGGCGGAGAUAGCCGCGCGCGUGGAGGCGCAGAUGCUGGCGUGGAAGGGUUGA